AUGGAAGGAGAUGAACAUACUUCACAAGCGCCCCAAGUUCCUCCCAACGACAACAACGCUAACAUGAACAACCUAAUUAAUCCGUAUCUGUUGGAUUACAUGAGUAUGAAUACCGGCCCUUUGCUUAAUAAUAAUCCGAUGUUUCAAUAUCAUCCUUCAUCGUCUACUUCUCCAAUUCUACCUCAGUUACCGGUAACGUUGGGUGAUCAUUUGGAUAACAAUAUCACCUUGGAGAGCAGUAAUGUGGACUGGGUUAGCCUUCUUUCGGGUUUUGUGAACGUGGAUCAUCAGGGAUCCGCGAUGGGGAGGGGGUUGUUGGGUGAAGGAGAUCAUCAUGAGAAAAAUAAUGGGGUGAUGAGAAAUAAUAAUGGCAAGUCCAUGAAAAGUGGGAGAGGUAAAAAAGUAACCCCGUCUAGAGUUGCAUUUCACACUAGAAGUAGUGAGGAUAUUCUUGAUGACGGUUAUAAAUGGAGAAAAUAUGGUCAGAAAUCUGUCAAGAAUAGUCAUCAUCCAAGGAGUUACUAUAGGUGCACUCAUCAUACAUGCAAUGUGAAGAAGCAAAUCCAAAGGCUGUCAAAAGACAAUUCCAUUGUGGUGACAACUUAUGAAGGCAUUCACAACCAUCCUUGUGAAAAGCUCAUGGAGACUUUGACUCCACUUCUCAAGCAACUCCAGUUUCUCUCCAGAUUCUAAAUCGAUCAAGUAGUCCAACAAAACCACCACUUACUUUUAGUUUGUACAUUUCUUGGA